AUGAAUUCUAAAGUGUGUAAAUUAAUUAAUGAGAUUGAUAAUUAUUUUGUUGAUGAUCCGAACAACCCAGAAGAAUAUAAUUUUAUGAAUAAAUUAAAUACUUUUUUCCCUGAUAGUAACUGUAGUAGUGAUGAAGAAAAUAUUAUCUAUGGUUUUAUAUUGUUACUAAAUAUGUUUGGUGAGGAAGAUAUAGAUGGUGAUAAAAUUGUUGAAUACGCUAUUUUAUGGUUAAGUUAUAAACUAAAUCAAAAAACACAUAAUGGAACCACCAAAUUAUACGAUUUUUAUAUCAAAGAUAUAGAAACAAAUAAUUGUUAUAAGGAGAAUAUAGCUGCUGAUAGUGAUAGUGAUAGUGAUAGUAAGAUUAACAAGAAUGUUAUAUGUAAAAAAAUAAAAUCGAUGGAUAUCGAUAUUAAAGAUAUAUCUAAUUUUUAUGAUGCAUUUAAAUCAUUAUGUAACAUGUAUAGUGAAAUUAGUGUAGAAGACUACGAAUUCAAUAAAUGUUUAGAAAAUGCUAGAGAAUUGUUUGAAAAAUAUGAAAAACUUAAAAAUGCUUUAGAUAUUAAUAAAGGAAGUUCUUAUUAUAAACUAUUGUCUAGUUUAUCAAAUGAUUAUAAAAAUUUUGAACAAUUAUAUAAUAUGGCAUGUGAUAAUUCAUCACCACUUGUAGCUUGUCCACGAAGUUCAGUAACAAGAAAUAUACUAAUUACAAUUGCAAUUAUAUUUGUUGCAGCAUCAAUUUUAUUGGGAGUUUCUUAUAAGUAUUCGUUAUUUGGAUUUCGGAAACGAUCUCAAAAACACCAUUUAAGAGAAAAGCUAAAAAAAUAA